GCUCCUCCUUCUCUUCACCCUCACCGCCUCAUUUGAGUGAUACUUAAAAUUUUAAAUUUUAAACUUAAAUUUAUCUCUUGAUUUACCAAAGAUUCGUAGGGUAGAUUUCUUGAUUCAGUGUUAGUGGUUAGUUCUUUAGCUUCUGUAGCUGAGGCUUUUUAAAUCAUCGACGCGAUGAAUACAGAUUCGGCAACAAUGGAGGCGCAACAGAGAGAUGUGGAUCGGGUCAAGGGACCAUGGAGUCCCGAGGAGGAUGAAUUGUUGCGCAAGCUCGUGCAACGCUACGGCCCUCGGAAUUGGUCCGCCAUAAGCAAAUCAAUACCGGGCAGGUCCGGGAAGUCUUGUCGUCUGCGGUGGUGCAACCAGCUCUCGCCGGACGUGGAGCACCGGUCCUUCACGCCGGAGGAAGACGAGAUCAUCAUCAAGGCCCACUCAAAGUUCGGCAACAAGUGGGCCACCAUAGCGAGGCUCCUGAACGGCCGUACGGACAACGCGAUCAAAAACCAUUGGAACUCUACCUUGAAGCGCAAGUACUCGUCGUUGAUCGCCGACGAAGGCGCCACAAUCGACGGACCUCCGGAAAAGAAAUCAGCCAUCGUGGAAUACGCUAUGCCGAUACAAUCAUUGCCGCCGGGUGGCCACUGUUACAGCCCAAGCAGUCCAUCAGGAUCUGAUGUUAGUGAUUCAGGUCUUCCUGUGGUUUCAUCUUCGAUGGCGAUUCGUCCUGUAGCGAGAAACUGCGCAGUCUUAUCGCCUUCACUGCAGGUCGAGUCACGCCCAAGUCCAAUCUUCAACUUAAACAAAGACCCUUGCACUGAUCUUAGUCUGUCCCCUUUGGGAGCCGAGUUGAAGGAGUCGCAGAAGAUUCAGAAUCCCGGUUCCAGGGCGGAGGCACCAGCGCAGUCCGAGAAGUUGUCGUCAAUGGCGACAUUUGGGCCUGAUUUACUGAUGGUGAUGAAGGAAAUGAUAAGGGAGGAAGUGAGAAAUUACAUGGCGGGACAUCACGAUGGAUUGUGCUCUGAUCCUGACGGUGUGAGUGGUGGAAUUUCAAGGGUAAAUUGAGCAGAGUGAUCGGAGUAUAGUUGCCGAGCCACAGUUGCUGAAGCCGAGGUUGAAGGAGAAGCGAAGGUGUUUAUUAAAUUUGAUUACGGGCACAGAAAUCGUUAUUUUCAGAUUGUACAGAUGAGGGCGGUGGAAAUAUCUGGGGAACGACGUUGGCAGAAUUAGAACAUUGGAGUCAUGAAUUAUUAUCCAGACAGUGAAGAUAAAAUGGCAAAAUAAAGUGGAAAUCACAAACGAAAGUAUGCGUAGCUAUUUUGUUCUAGCAGAACUACUAUAAUGCAUUAGAUUCAAUUUUUUUAAAA